AUUUACUGCAGCAGCAGCAGCAGCAGCAGCGGCGGCGGCGGCGGCACCUUGCAACCAGGCAGGGUGAGGGCGGCUGCCUGGGCGUGCGGUUCCCCGGGUUCGCCCACCCGGACUUACGGCCGCGUGGCCCUCCUCGCAUAUGCCCCCUCCUUUGCCUUCUUUGCGGGGGAGCCCACAGCAUCUCCUACGACAUGGUUAUCGCCUGAGGUGAAGCAUUGACAGGUUUGAAAACGCAAUGGCAGGAAACAGUCUAGUUCUGCCCAUUGUUCUUUGGGGUCGCAAAGCACCUACCCAUUGCAUUUCAUCAAUACUGUUAACUGAUGAUGGGGGCACAAUUGUAACUGGAUGUCAUGAUGGACAAAUAUGUCUCUGGGAUCUUUCAGAAGAUCUGGAAGUUAAUCCCCGAGCACUGUUAUUUGGUCACACAGCAUCAAUCACUUGUUUGUCAAAAGCUUGUGCUUCUGGGGACAAACAGUACACUGUGAGUGCAUCUGCAAAUGGAGAGAUGUGCCUCUGGGAUGUGAAUGAUGGAAGAUGUAUUGAAUUUACAAAGUUAGCCUGCACCCAUACUGGCAUACAGUUCUACCAAUUGUCUGUUGGAAAUCAGCAAGAGGGAAGACUUUUAUGUCAUGGACAUUACCCUGAAAUCCUCGUUGUGGAUGCUACCAGCCUUGAGGUGUUGUAUUCUUUGGUAUCAAAGAUAUCACCAGAUUGGGUUAGCUCCAUGAGUAUCAUCCGCUCUCACCGGACACAAGAGGACACUGUGGUAGCGCUUUCUGUGACAGGCAUCCUGAAGGUGUGGAUUGUCACCUCUGAAACUGGUGGGAUGCAGGAUACUGAGCCAAUAUUUGAGGAGGAAUCAAAACCAAUUUAUUGUCAGAAUUGCCAAAGCAUCUCUUUUUGCGCAUUCACACAGAGGUCACUUUUGGUUGUAUGCGCCAAAUACUGGAGGGUAUUUGAUGCUGGAGACUACUCCCUGUUGUGUUCGGGUCCUAGUGAAAACGGACAGACAUGGACUGGAGGGGACUUUGUGUCUGCAGACAAAGUCAUCAUUUGGACUGAAAAUGGGCAGAGUUACAUUUACCAACUCCCUGCCAGUUGCCUUCCAGCUAGUGAUUCAUUCCGCAGUGACGUGGGGAAAGCAGUUGAAAAUUUAAUUCCUCCUGUGCAACAUAGCCUCUUGGAUCAAAAAGAUAAAGAGUUGGUAAUUUGUCCUCCUGUUACUCGGUUCUUCUAUGGAUGCAAGGAAUAUUUGCAUAAGCUAUUAAUUCAGGGCGAUUCUUCUGGAAGGUUAAAUAUUUGGAACAUAUCAGACAUAGCUGAUAGACAGGAAGGCGAUCAAGGGCUAAAAAUGACAACUUGUAUUAGUUUACAAGAGGCUUUUGACAAACUGAAGCCUUGUCCUGCUGGGAUCAUAGAUCAGCUAAGUGUGAUUCCCAACAGCAAUGAACCUCUUAAAGUGACUGCGAGUGUCUACAUACCAGCCCACGGACGACUUGUUUGUGGUCGGGAAGAUGGAAGCAUAAUUAUUGUACCUGCCACUCAAACAGCUAUAGUUCAGCUAUUGCAAGGAGAACACAUGCUCAGAAGAGGUUGGCCCCCUCACAGAACUCUCCGUGGCCAUCGGAACAAAGUCACGUGUUUGCUGUACCCUCAUCAGGUCUCAGCUCGCUAUGACCAAAGAUACUUGAUAUCUGGAGGUGUGGAUUUUUCCGUCAUAAUUUGGGACAUAUUUUCUGGAGAAAUGAAACAUAUCUUCUGUGUUCAUGGUGGUGAGAUCACACAACUUCUGGUCCCACCUGAAAACUGUAGUGCAAGAGUUCAACAUUGCAUCUGUUCUGUAGCCAGUGACCACUCAGUAGGACUUCUAAGUUUGCGAGAGAAAAAAUGCAUCAUGUUGGCAUCUCGUCACCUGUUUCCUAUUCAGGUGAUCAAGUGGAGGCCUUCUGAUGACUACCUGGUGGUUGGAUGCACAGAUGGCUCUGUGUAUGUCUGGCAGAUGGACACUGGUGCGCUGGAUCGGUGUGCAAUGGGGAUCACAGCAGUGGAGAUACUGAACGCUUGUGAUGAGGCCGUGCCUGCGGCAGUAGACUCACUUAGUCAUCCAGCCGUCAAUCUGAAACAAGCCAUGACAAGACGCAGUCUUGCUGCCCUUAAAAAUAUGGCCCACCAUAAGCUACAAACCCUUGCAACUAACCUCUUGGCUUCUGAGGCCUCUGACAAGGGGAAUUUACCUAAAUAUUCUCAUAACUCCCUGAUGGUUCAAGCAAUAAAGACGAACCUAACAGACCCGGACAUCCAUGUGCUGUUCUUUGAUGUGGAAGCUUUGAUUAUUCAACUCCUGACUGAAGAAGCCUCUAGGCCGAAUACUGCACUUAUUUCCCCAGAGAAUUUGCAAAAAGCAUCUGGCAGUUCAGACAAAGGGGGCUCUUUUCUAACUGGAAAACGAGCAGCAGUUCUUUUCCAGCAAGUGAAGGAAACUAUCAAAGAGAACAUAAAGGAGCACCUCCUGGAUGAGGAAGAGGAGGACGAGGAGAUCAUGAGGCAGAGAAGGGAAGAGAGUGAUCCCGAGUACCGGGCCAGCAAGUCCAAGCCGCUGACCUUACUAGAAUACAAUCUAACUAUGGACACUGCAAAAUUAUUCAUGUCCUGUCUUCACGCCUGGGGUUUGAAUGACGUUCUGGAUGAAGUUUGUCUUGAUCGCCUUGGAAUGCUGAAACCACACUGCACAGUGUCCUUUGGUCUCUUAUCGAGAGGAGGUCAUAUGUCGUUGAUGCUUCCUGGCUAUAAUCAGGCUGCUGCUAAAUUACUACAUGGGAAAGAGGAAACAGGAAGGAAGUUGCUGACAACUGAUGGAGUAGGAAAGGGAACCUACACAGUGUCUCGAGCAGUCACCACUCAACAUCUCUUGUCCAUCAUAUCUUUGGCAAAUACGUUAAUGAGUAUGACCAAUGCAACUUUCAUUGGCGAUCACAUGAAGAAGGGCCCGACCAGGCCACCUAGACCAGGCACCCCAGACCUUUCAAAGGCAAGGGGUUCCCCUCCACCUUCCAGUAAUAUUGUGCAAGGACAGAUUAAACAAGUCGCUGCACCUGUCGUUUCUGCUCGGUCUGAUGCUGAUCACUCUGGCUCUGCCUCUGCCUCUACCGCUUUACACACCUGUUUCUUAGUAAAUGAAGGAUGGAGCCAGUUAGCUGCCAUGCACUGUGUUAUGCUGCCUGACCUGCUGGGGCUGGAUAAAUUUAGACCUCCCCUUCUGGAGAUGCUAGCUCGGAGAUGGCAAGAUCGAUGCUUAGAGGUGAGAGAGGCUGCACAGGCCCUGCUUCUGGCAGAGCUGAGAAGAAUUGAGCAGGCAGGACGGAAAGAAACUAUUGAUACCUGGGCUCCUUAUUUACCUCAGUAUAUGGACCAUGUCAUUUCACCUGGAGUCACUGCAGAAGCCAUGCAGACAAUGGCAACAGCUCCAGAUGCCUCCGGGUCUGAAGCCAAAGUCCAGGAAGAAGAGCAUGACCUCGUGGAUGAUGACAUCACCACUGGUUGCCUAUCAAGUGUCCCACAAAUGAAAAAAAUCUCCACAUCUUAUGAAGAAAGAAGGAAGCAGGCCACUGCUAUUGUCCUUCUGGGAGUGAUAGGAGCUGAAUUUGGAGCUGAAAUUGAACCACCCAAACUGCUGACCAGACCUCGGAGCUCUAGUCAGAUUCCUGAAGGAUUUGGUUUGACUAGUGGAGGCUCCAACUACUCACUGGCCAGACAUACUUGUAAGGCACUGACAUUUCUUCUGCUACAGCCACCAAGUCCCAAACUUCCUCCUCAUAGCACGAUCCGGAGGACUGCCAUUGACCUGAUUGGGCGAGGGUUCACUGUGUGGGAGCCCUACAUGGAUGUGUCUGCUGUACUGAUGGGGCUUCUAGAGUUGUGUGCAGACGCUGAGAAACAACUUGCCAACAUCACAAUGGGGCUGCCUCUGAGCCCUGCAGCUGACUCUGCCCGCUCUGCAAGGCAUGCCCUUUCUCUCAUUGCCACUGCCAGACCACCCGCCUUCAUCACCACCAUAGCUAAGGAGGUACACAGACACACGGCCCUUGCAGCAAAUACCCAGUCACAGCAGAGUAUACACACAACAACCUUGGCAAGAGCAAAAGGGGAAAUCCUGAGAGUCAUUGAAAUUCUCAUUGAAAAAAUGCCUACCGAUGUUGUGGAUCUUCUUGUGGAGGUCAUGGACAUCAUCAUGUACUGUCUUGAAGGAUCUUUAGUCAAAAAGAAGGGACUUCAGGAAUGUUUUCCAGCUAUCUGCAGGUUCUACAUGGUCAGCUAUUAUGAACGGAGUCACAGAAUUGCAGUUGGAGCACGCCAUGGCUCAGUGGCCCUGUAUGACAUCCGGACUGGAAAAUGUCAGACAAUCCAUGGGCACAAGGGACCAAUCACAGCAGUAUCCUUUGCUCCUGAUGGGCGUUAUCUUGCCACCUACUCCAACACUGACAGCCACAUUUCGUUCUGGCAGAUGAACACAUCACUCCUAGGAAGCAUUGGCAUGCUAAACUCAGCACCUCAGCUGCGCUGCAUUAAGACCUACCAGGUACCUCCAGUACAGCCAGCAUCCCCUGGCUCCCACAACGCCCUUAAGCUGGCCCGCCUCAUCUGGACUUCCAACCGGAAUGUUAUCCUUAUGGCCCAUGACGGGAAGGAACACCGCUUCAUGGUCUAACUCUGCUGUCUGCUGCCCUGGCUGCCUGUUAAUUCUAUAUUGUCUAGGCCAAUGCUGCGCUGUCCUUACUGAUACUCUGAUACUGGAGUGUUGCUUGCUACCCGCCCUCAUUAAUGCCAUCCAGGGGCAUGACCAGGUCUAUGUCACUUGUGCAUGCUUCUUGGGGGCAGACUCCACAUGGCAGCCUAUCGAUUUAAAGGCACACAUACCACUCAACAGGAUGUGGCCAUUCUGUCACUAGGUAGUUUUUCCCUGCCAUAAAUAGGAAGGGAGAGCCAGUGGUUCCUGGAGAUGUUCUUGUUGCUUGAUGUAACAAAAGCCUGAAAAUCAAUAACCACUGUGAUUGCAUCCCAGCCCUGAUCCUCAUUGUCAGCCCUGGAAGCUCAGCUCUGACCUGGAUUCUGGGGCAAUGCAGAGUCCUCAUUAUUGAAAUGACUUCCUUUUGGAUUUCUCAAACUUGCUGUUGUUUACCAAACCUAUUUCAUGUUUACAUUGGGUUUUUCCUGCUCUCAUUGAUAGGCAGUUACUCAAUUCCAUUUCCUAGAAUUUAGCCACUGCCUUCUCAGUAACACCAAUCCUAAUUUGAGAUUAUUGAGAAAAUAUUUUUUAAAAGUGUGUUUUUUCCAUUUAGAAAAUAGUUUUCCAGAUAGCUAGCUUUCUAAAAUGCCCAUUUCUUGCUUAAAUGUUACUAUAUUUCAUAGUUAAAAAUGCAGAUCACCCCUACUCACCAUGUGGUGACUAUAGCUCACCUUCUAAGGAAACUUUCAACAAAGAACCAAGUUUGGAAGCAUCACGUAUUUGUACAGUGGAGGCUCUCCUGCGUGUUGCUAUAGAUUCUUCUGUUCCGGAAAGGCCUCCUCCUCAGGACCUUCACAACCUGCAGUUCUUGUGUAUGUGGCGGUGUCACUCACAGCGGUCAUUUCAGCCUAGCCUUCCAAAUACUGACCAGUGAAAGAACACUAGGAAGGCAUUUCCUUUAAGUAAACACCCUAGAAUCUAAUAGCUAUGUAGGCACAUUGUUCAGAGUGUACAGAAAAGUGUGACAGCUGCCAGUAUGUCCGGUGGAUGCUAAGUGAACGUGUUCACUGUGCUUCAACAACUUUAACUCCACUGUCUUCUUGUGUCAACUUAUGCUAGUCUUAUUGUAAUGGGAGAGAAAAAUCCCUAACAGUAUUUUAUAUGAGUUGUUCCUAAAAAUUUGAUAUAUAUUAGCAGCAGGGCGGGGGUUGAUUUGUAUGUUGGUUGAUUAAUGAGUUACACAAUGUGGUUUAUUAAAUACAAAAGUAGAAAGAGCAUUAUUGAGUUCAGAGCAAAUAUGUAAUAUUAACAGAGGAACUAAAAUGAUAAUGACAGAAUUUAGUCUUAAGCACAUAGAUUGUCAAAGUUUGUGUAAUAUGUAGGAAAGUAGGAUCAAGGUCCAUGAAUAAAUACAUAGUUUACAGUCAUCUAAAGAACCUAUGAAAAAGCUAACAUCCCCAGGAUGUCUUUUGCCUACUGACAUAUGCUGUUUUCAUUGGCCACAACUCUAUACUGUCUCUUGGUUUUCAGUGUUGGGGCUCUUUCAAAAGUGAGUUUAUUUCACAUGCAUGUAUAUUGUAUUAUAUAUGUAGCUUCCAAGAAAGAAAUCAAAAGCUGUACAGUGUAGAUCUUCGGUGAACAAACUGAUGUAUUUUGAUGUAGAUGGAGAAAUGGGCAGCAUGCCCCAAAACUGCUCUCUCCCAGUACGAGUUUGCUUUGUGGACUUCAGAGGAAGGGGUUAAACCAUUUGGAAUGAUAGGACAAACUCACACCUUAGACACUUUUUAAUGGAAGUGUUCCAUACAUUAGGAAAGUGAUACAGGACUGGAGAGCAACAUAUGGUGCCUGUCAUAGAGAUGGGUACAAAGCAGUGAGGUUACAGGAACAAAUCUCUGGUCUUAGGUCUGGGCAGUCCUUCCAUACCCUGUGUAUAUAGUCAGAAGAGCAUAAGGACUACAAAACUCUGUGCAUAUAAAGCUUCAUGCUAGAAGAAUCGCUAACUGAUAAAGUAUCAUUUAUAUUCUCAUUAACAUAAUGCUAUCCUUGGCUGUUUUCACAACCACAGUCCGCAGCUUCAUCUCAGCUUAUAUUCCUCAACACUGAGGUAAACUUUGUAUUGUCAUUCCAGUGUACGCGCGUAGUGUUUUACUGAUUUUGUUGACACAGCAUUUGGACCUGUCCUUAUAAGUAUAAAGACUUAUGUGGCUUCACUGGUGAUUUACAAGUAAAAAGUAACAUGAUGUGACACCUGUAUGGAAAUAUUUCAUGUUUGAAUUGCAUACAGUGAGUGAUUAAGAUGUCUGUCUCCUAAGAUGUUUCUAAAUGACUCCAUUUAGUAGACUCCAUAUGUGUUUAAAAUUGAUGUGUAUAUACUUGUGUUAAAUAAAACUGAAUUGUACUGAA